AUGUCUAUCAAGAACGUCAUCAUCGUCGGCGCUGGAGGAAACCUUGGACCAUCCGUGCUGAAGGCUUUCCUCGAUUCGUCACUCAACACCAGCGUCCUCUCGCGAGAAGGCUCAAGCUCCACAUUCCCCUCAGGCGUCAAGGUUCUCCGUGCCAACUACGAGUCCAUCGACAGCCUCACGCAGGCUUUCAAAGGACAGGAUGCCGUCAUCUCACUCGUCGGCGGUGCUGCCCUAGGCGAACAGACCAAGCUCAUCGAUGCCGCAAUCGCAGCAGGCGUGAAGCGAUUCCUCCCCUCAGAGUUCGGCAACGACACAGAAAACACCAAAGCACAAGCCAUUGUCCCCAUGUUCAAAGCCAAGGUCGCCAUACUAGACUAUCUCAAGAGCAAGGAGGACGCCAUCAGCUGGACCGCCGUGGCGACGGGGCCGUUCUUUGACUGGGGUCUCAAAGUCGGCUUCCUAGGCUUCCACGCCCCCAGCAAGACAGCCACCAUCAUCGGCAGCGGCAAGGUCACCUUUUCCACUACAAACCUCUACACCAUCGGCGUUGCGGCCGUCAAGGUACUGGAGAAUGCUGAAGCCACCAAGAACCAGCGCGUCUUCGUAAGCGAGUUCCAAACAACCCAGGACGAGAUCCUGGCUGCAGCGGAGAAAAUCACAGGGGAGAAAUGGACGGUCAACAAGGUUGCCGUGCAAGACCACCUUGCGAAGGGUAACGAGCUGCUGGCGAAGGGUGACUUUUCUGGUAUCGGAAAUCUGAUUCAGGUAUCUAUAUAUGAUGAACAGGCGCUGUCUGAUCUGAAGCCGCAGGGCCUAUGGAACGAGAAGUUGGGGCUCAAGCAGGGAAGCUACGAGGACACUAUCAAGGCAGCGUUCGCGGGUAAGCUGGCACAUGAAGUUUAA